AUGUGCGAGGAGCCUCCAGAUUUAGACAGGCUGAAGGAAACCCUUGGAAACUACGACGUUCACGAAUCCAAAUACCUUAACCCACUCAACUACAACGAUAGCAGAUUAAACAUCCACCAAGCCGGUCGCCGACGUGGUUUAGCGGAAAUGAGAAGAGAGGCGUCUUGCCCGCGGUAUCGUGGCGUUCUGCGUGUGGGACCAGUUAACUCGCACGAACGCUCUCUCUGCCCCUGGACAUACACCACUCACAGGGACCCCGACAGAAUUCCAGAAACUAUCACCGAGGUGGUCUGUCAAUGUCACAAAUGUCUCCUGUACAAGACAGACGGGACCAGAGACGACACUAUGCGCUGCAAGCCAGUGUAUUACUACAUCCGGGCACUUCGACGAUCAUCUUACUGUACUGUGACCGAGAAUGGUGGCCUGUAUUACCAGUAUAACAGAGUUUUGGAGCCAGUAAAAGUGGCCUGCACAUGCGUGUCGCCGUUGGUCAAUGUGUCACACACCUCCCCAGAGUCCCGCAUUACACCUCGCCCGUAG